UUGCAACGGAGAGUAAUCUUCGUUUAUUUUAAUGAUCAAGAAAAUGUUUUCUAAGUGCAUAUUUAGAAAGUACUCGACGACUUUUAAAGCUAAUAAAGUUUAUAAUUUAGUCAAGGAAACUAAAAUUCGAGAAUGGAUUAAAACCCCAUUCAAAAACUUAGAGUUUGUAAGGAUACGUGGCCCUACAGCAGAGGAGAUCGUUAAAGAUGCAGACCUAGAAGAUAAAACAUGUUUCAUUACGGGAGCUAAUAGUGGUCUCGGUUUAGAGAUUGCUCGUUGUUUAAAUGCAAUUAAUUGCAACGUAAUAAUGGGUUGUCGUAACGUAUAUGAAGCCAAUAUUGUUGCUAAAAACGUUUGCGAAAAGUAUGAGAAUAUUAAGCUCUUCGAAUUGAAUCUCGCUUCUUUAUCUUCAGUAAAGAAGUGUUCGGAAAAGAUUCUCAGCCAAGAAAAGAAAAUUGAUAUAGUUAUAUUGAAUGCAGCUACGUUUGGUCUGCCGUGGACACUAACAGAAGAUGGGUUGGAAACAACAUUUCAAGUUAACUAUUUGAGCCAAUACUUUUUAUUAUUAUCCCUCGAAGAAAUUCUUGCUCCAAAUGCAAGAGUGGUAUUUACAUCUUCGGAAUCGCAUAGAAAUAUAAAAUGGUCUAGAGAAAAAAUGUUAUCACCGACACUUGACGAUAUAUCACUUCCUAAAGAAGAAUACACUUCAAUCAGAGCUUACAACAUAUCAAAGCUAUGCGGGCUCCUCGCUAUGCAUUAUUUGAGCUAUCGCUGGGUGAACACUAACAUAGGUGUAUUUUGCGCACACCCUGGCUCGUUUAUAAAAACUGGACUGCCACGUAAUUGGUGGGUUUAUGAAGCUCUGUAUGAUUCUAUGAGACCGUUUUCAAAAUCUGUGAAACAAGGUGCGGCCAUAGUCCUGUUCUGUGCAAUAACUCCAGAGCUUGAUGGUUUAUCCGCCCUUUAUAUAAAAGAUUACCAACGCUGCAGUGAGAGUGCAUUGGCCAGAGACACGCAUCUCUCGUUCAGGUUGCAAGAUGUGACCAGAGAUAUACUUCGUCAAAGAAUUUCUGGUUUCGACUACAAUAUUAUCAGACCAGAAAUUAUGAACAAGGACAUGGGAAAAGAUACCAUGGACGAUACCUUGGUAUCGAAUUAUUCGGGUUAAUUUUUAUGUAUCGUUAUGAAUGUUAUUUUAGUUUAUUUUCACAAGUGACAUUUUAAUUUAUUUGCAUGGAUUUGAGAAACAAUAAAAAAUAUUUCAAGAUUAAAUAGCACUUU